CAGCGUUCUGGAGUUGAACGUCCAUACUAACCGCUUUUCCUUAUAUUGAGAUAUAUGCGUUAUCCCAACUCGAUGAAUUCAACUCACUUCACGACAUCUAGCAUGAGUGCCGCAGCAUCGUUCGGAUACAGUUUUAGCAGUACUGACAAUAUACGACAGGAAACGCCAAAUUUUCGCGCAAGGCGACUAUCUAGCAGGUGUCUAGUUACCUCUGACUCUAGGUCAUGCCGCGAUCUUAGACAUGUCAUCUCCUCUCUCCACCAUAGCCAUUUGCAGAUUGCCAUUACGAGCCACAGCUUGGGGCUCACUAAGAAAUCAAAUUUUCAUUCGCUCUCCCUGCCCUAGCUACAGCCGUGCGUUUACCCUUUCCAAGGCUGCCACGCAUGAGAAUGAGAAAAACCGCGAGUUGUUUGAGUAUACUUCUGGGAGAUGGAUUUACAAUGAAUGUCGAAGACUGUCCGAGAGACGUUUACCAUUUAACGUCGAUGAACUGAAGAAAGCCGCCGCCAAUUCAGUCAACAGGCCAAUAUCCGAUAUCGAAAGCUUUCGCAAAAUAGCAGAGGGUGGCUUUAACCGUGUCUUUGAAAUAUCAAUGGAAGACGGCUCGAGCAUACUUGCCCGCCUACCCUACCCAUCAACUCUACCGCGACGUUUGGCAGUAGCGAGUGAGGUUGCGACUCUUGAUUUUGUUAGAGCAUACGGAGUCCCUGUACCUCAGGUCUUGGGGUAUUCAAUUGGUGAUAAUGUCGUCGACGCUGAGUAUAUUUUGAUGGAAAAACUACCAGGAAGACCCAUUGGGGAUGCUUGGUUUGAGCUUUCGGAACAUGAAAGGCUCAAAGUCAUACUCCAAAUCGUGCAAUUGGAAGCGAAGCUCUUCAGUAUCAAUCUACCAGCCAGUGGGAGCAUAUACUACGCCCGUGAUCUCUCUGUUGAUAUUCCUAGAAUCGAAAUACCUGGAUCUAAUGAUGGAUUAUGUGUAGGACCCUACGCAGCUCUACGAUGGUGGUUCGGCGAACGUGGGGAUCUUGACAUUGACCGGGGCCCUCAUGACGAUGCUCGCCUUGUUCUUCAGGCUCCUGCAGAGAAAGAGUUGGCCUGGAUCCGCGCACACGGCCGGCCCCGUUUCCCUAUCGAGCGUGCGUAUAGAGAAACUUUCGAUUAUAAGAAGCAGGAUCCCGAGGAACAUGCCAAUUCACUGAUGGAUUACAUCCGGCUCGCUCCUUAUCUUGUACCUGAAUAUCCCAAGCUCAAUUCACCAGUUCUUCGCCAUCCUGACCUCCAGCCCAACAACAUUUUCGUUUCUGAGGAUCUGAGCAUCACCGGCCUUAUCGACUGGCAACAUUCUCUUGUUCUUCCAACAUUUCUAGCUGCCGGCAUACCAAACUCAUUUCAAAACUACAAGGAUGAGGAAUCUAUGCCUUUUUUCCCACCCCAGAUGCCGCGGGACCUUGAAUCAAUGGAGGAAGAUGAACGUGCUAUAGCACUGGAGCAGUUCCGCCGUCAGCACGUACACUUCUUUUACCUAGCGUUCACACAACAAAUGAAUGAAUCCCACUGGCACGCCCUCGAACAAGAAACAAGUGUUCUGAAGCGCCGGAUAUACCACGAUGCCGGCAGUCCUUGGGAAGGCCUGAAUACCCCACUUCAAAUAAACAUCGUUCAAGUAGUGAAGAAUUGGUCGAAGGUUGCCUCUGCCAACUCAGAUGGUAGCAUUCAGAAAUGCCCUGUUCUACUCGUAGAGGAAGAAGCACAAAGAAUAACUGCACUGGAUGAGUCCCUCCGCGACUUCGACAAUGAAAUGGAACGGAUUAACGGGGUCCUUGGUGUUGCUUCCGACGGAUGGACGCCCAAUGAAUCCUUCGAGAGUGCAAAAGAGAGGGCAAAACUGAUCAAGGAGGAAGGACUCGCCGCAGUUAGUGAUGACCCGUGGUUGAUGGAAAUGACUGAAAAGCACUGGCCUUUUGAUGACUUCAACGAGGAUGAGUAG